UAAUAAACAAAACAAAACUAGUGGUCCCAAUUUGAAAUAUAUAAAAAUAUAUAAAAUUCAUAAAGCUUUGUGGCUUCAGAGCUUCCACUUCCAUCGUCGUCUUCUAUUUUUUCUUCUUUCUUCGAUUUCAUACCAAAACAAGAACUCUCUGUUUUCGACAAAAACGAAACCUUGAGAUCUAUUUUGAUUGACUUUUAAGAAAGAGAGAGAUCUUUCUUAGAAGAUUUUGUCUCGUCGGCAUUGAAGAUCCAGGGUUUGUCUUUCGAAAUUCAGGUAAUUUUCUCAAAUCCAUUUAUGGAUUGAAGCUUUAGGUAAUGAAUGAGCUGAAUCUGCAUAUAAAAAUCGAUACUUUCAUUAUCCAGAACAAAACAAGAUUUAGCAUAAACGUUCAAAAUUGAAACUUUGAUUCCUAACUUCUUGGAAUGAUUCAGAUUGAGCUAGAUUUAGAUCUGUAUGAUUGAUAUUAUGGGUUUGGUUUGUUUAUGAGUAGAGAGAAAAUGGGUGAUGAGGCAGAGAUCAAGGAACAUUUAAAGCCACAAGCUUCAUCUGAAACAAUGGACAAGAAACAUAAUGUGAAAGGGAAGAGGUUAUGGCAGAAAGUCAAGUAUCAAUUGGUGGAGUUUCAUUCAUUGCCUGCUUAUUUAAGAGACAAUGAGUACAUCAUUGGUCAUUACCGAUCCGAAUGGCCGAUCAAACAGAUUCUUCUCAGCAUCUUUACCAUUCAUAAUGAGACUUUGAAUGUUUGGACGCACUUGAUUGGGUUUUUCCUGUUUUUGGCGCUCACUAUAUACACUGCAACGAAAGUACCGAGUGUCGUGGAUCUUCAUUCGCUUCAACACCGUUUACCCGAUUUGUUGAGGAAAACAGAUCUCCACAAACUUCAUUCUGAGCUCAUGGCUCGCCUUCCUUCUAGUCCAUCUAGUUGGCAUGUGAUGGACCUUCUUUAUAACUGUUUGCCUGAAAGAUUUUCUCAUGGCAACUACACUGACAUGUGUGUUCUGCAUUCUGUGAGGGAAGAUCUUGCAAACUUGAUAGCUCCUUUGAUCUUCAGGCCAAUUACUCGAUGGCCGUUUUAUGCAUUUCUAGGUGGUGCUAUGUUCUGUCUAUUAGCAAGCAGCACGUGCCACCUCCUCUCAUGUCACUCCGAGCGAGUCUCCUACAUAAUGCUUAGGCUUGAUUACGCCGGCAUCGCAGCUCUAAUAGCGACUUCCUUCUACCCUCCGGUUUAUUACUCCUUCAUGUGUGAUCCUUUCUUCUGCAACCUCUACUUAGGAUUCAUAACCAUCUUAGGAAUCGCCACUGUGCUUGUUUCUCUCCUCCCGGUUUUCCAAAGCCCGGAGUUUCGGGUGGUGAGGGCGUCUCUGUUCUUUGGAAUGGGAUUCUCUGGCUUAGCUCCGAUUCUUCACAAGCUGAUAAUCUUUUGGGACCAACCUGAAGCCCUUCACACGACAGGUUAUGAGAUUUUGAUGGGUUUGCUUUAUGGGUUAGGAGCUCUGGUUUAUGCAACUAGGAUCCCAGAGAGAUGGAUGCCGGGUAAAUUCGAUAUAGCAGGACAUAGCCAUCAGUUGUUUCAUGUUCUGGUUGUUGCUGGUGCGUUCACGCACUAUAGAGCUGGGCUAGUGUAUCUUAAGUGGAGAGAUAUUGAAGGAUGUUGAAGAUGAAGAUUGAAGAUUAGAUGGAAUCUUUGAAUCUUGUUUGUAGUAGCUUCAUAUAAAAGUUGGAUUAUGUAAAGUCUUAUAUGUAAUCAAACGUUUAAUUGUUUCCUUUAUUCAACAAAGGAUUUAUAUUGUUAAUCCACAUAUGUAUUACUGGUUAAAGAAGCUGAAGGAUUCAUAUUUUUAGAUGAUUCCAGUCUUGAUUGCAGCAUUCAAAGUAUCAUAAUCCAGUGUCAACCUCAUAUAGCCUCCUUGUGAACCUGACACAAGCCUAAUUGUUCCAUGGCAGAGGAUACUUUGAUUCUGAUCUUCUUCUUGAAGGUUUCCCCUGAUUGGUAUACAUUUCGAAUGAUCCAUAAGUGUUGAUAAACUACAAGUACACAA